AUGUCGUUUGGUAGCGGCGGCUUCGGGGGCUUCGGCUCAAACAACAACCAGACAUCGAGCUUUGGUUCGACCAAUGCCAGCGGCGGUUUUGGUCAAAGCGCCAACACAGGAGGCGGUAUGUUUGGAGGUAACGCCAAUGCCCCAGGCUUCGGCGGCUCUUCAUCAGGAUUCGGUGCAAACACCACCGCUAGUGGCUUUGGUAGCAAGCCUGCUUUUGGAUCCAGCACCACAGCCCCCGGCGGGUUUCUUGGCUCUUCCAACACCAACAAUGCCAGCACCACAGGUUUCGGCGGCAGCAUGUUCGCCAGCAACGCCAACAAGACAGGCUUCGGCGCCACGAGCAACACCGGCUCGUCACUCUUCGGCGGCGGUGCUGCAAGCUCCGGCAGCGGCUUCGGCGGCGGCGGCUUUGGUGCCGCAAACAACCCCGGCCUGGGAGGCGGAGUUGGCGAUCCACCCGGCACCGCGACGACGCCUUUCCAGGCCUUGACCGAAAAGGAGCCCAACAGCACGAACCAGUCUAAUUCGUUCCAAAACAUCUUGUUCCAGGACCCAUAUCGGAAAUGGUCGGCCGAGGAGUUGAGAUUGGCAGACUACGUGCAAGGGCGUCGCCAUGGAAAUGCCAGCGGAGCCGGUGCCUUUGGCACUCCAAGCGCCUUUGGAGGAGCGUCAAACGCGGCCCCCGCCACGACCGGCGGGCUCUUUGGAUCCGGCAACGCCAACAACACUACCACCGCUGGGUUUGGACAGACUGGUGCCAGCGCUUUUGGUGGCAAUGCCAGUAACACGUCCGGCGGUCUCUUUGGCGGCAACAACAAGCCGAGUGGUGGUUUGUUUGGUAACACCGCGAACCAGCAGAGCGGUGGCCUUUUCGGAUCUGGCUCCGGGGGAGGAUUCGGCGCGACGAACAACACAAGUACCUUUGGUGCUACGAACAACGCUGCCACCGGUGGUCUUUUCGGCUCGAAUAAUCAGGCCAACAAGCCUCAGGGAAGUGGAUUCAGCUUCGGCAAUACCAAUGCCAACAACGCCCCAUCUGGAUUUGGAGCCACCUCCGGAGGUGCUUUUGGAGCAGCGAGCAACACUACAGGAUCUGGCCUGUUUGGCGGCACAAACAACACCCAGCAGUCGGGCGGAGGUCUCUUUGGCAACAACCAGCAACCGCAACAAAACGCCGGCUCUGGCUUCGGAGCCGGCUUCGGCACCCAGAACACGAAUCAGCAGACUUCUGGCGGUGUCUUCGGGAACACCAACAACCAGCAACCAGCAACGGGCGCCUUUGGGACUAAUACCACCACACCAGCUGCGGGUGGACUUUUUGGCGCAUCAAAGCCCAGCACUGGCAACAGUCUGUUUGGUGGCGCCAACACUGGUCAGGCCAAUAACGCUGGAGGCGCGGGAAUGUUUGGGGGACUGGGUUCAAAUGCUCCAAACCAGCAGGCAGCCGGUUCUUCAUUGUUCGGCGCGACGAACAAUGCCCAGCAAAAGCCCGGCGGUCUCUUCGGCAGCACCAAUCAAACCUCGACGCCGAGUCUAUUUGGGGGCCAGAGCACUCAGAACCAAGGCGGCUCGCUCUUUGGAAACAACCCGAACCAGCAGCAGACUCAAGCCUCUGGGUUCGGCGGUUCCUUGCUCGGAAGCUCGCAGCAGGGCGGCAACGCCCCACAAGGGCUUACGGCAAACCUCAAUGAUGUGUCGGCCUAUGGCAGCCCGUCUCUGUUUGCUGGGGUGAGCGGUAAUGAGGUCUCUAACCCUGGACCCCUCGCCACUCCUUUGAGCGGUAACCCGAAGCCGCGGAGGAGCUCCAUCCUACCAAUGUACAAGCUCGCUCCAGCUGCGGCGUCUCGAUUCGCCACUCCUCAAAAACGAGGCUUCGGCUUCUCGUACAGUUCCUCCGCCGGCACUCUGAGCAAGAGCAUGUCGACGAAUAACCUUCGUCGCAGCUUCAACACAGAAGAUAGCAUUCUUGCGCCCGGGGCCUUUUCGUCCAGCUCAAACGCCCGCUGGUAUGGAAGCACCGGAUCGAAGAAGCUGGUCAUAAACAGAGACAUCAGGAGCGAUCUGUUUUCCACACCUCAGAAAGACAGGCAAGCUGUUGAUGGCAACUCGAGCGCCCGCAAGCUAUCCAAGCGUGUCAGCUUCGACACAAGCAAUGUUGAGGCUGAGGACGAGACCCCCGUGCGAAACGCGCUUCCGGCUCCAGAGGGAACGCCAGGCUCUCAGACCGACGAGUCUACUCCACGCCAGAAUCGGCCCUCUGUCCUCGCGAACGGAUCGAAGACUCCGGAGACCGAACAAGUCAAGGGCAACGAGCUGGCUAUUGUUCAUGAAGAGGACAGUACCGCCACUCCGGAGGCGCAAACCGCCGUCGGGCUCGACAACGCCCCUGGAAACUACUGGAUGGUACCAAGUAAGGAGGAGCUUCUCAACAUGAACAGAAUGCAGCGACAGAGAAUCGACGGUUUCACCAUCGGCCGCGCGAACGUUGGCUUCAUCAAGUUCAAGAUACCUGUCGACAUAAGCGGUAUCGAAAUCGACGAGCUCAGUGGCGGCGUGAUUCAACUCGAACCUCGGUCUGCCACCGUGUAUCCCAACCCAGCAAAGAAGCCACCUGUUGGCAAAGGUCUCAAUGUGCCCGCCAGAAUCACUCUCGAGCACUCGUGGCCCCGCGCAGGACGUGACAAGCAAGUGGCCAACGAUCCCAAGCGCUUCAAGAAGCACGUCGAGCGACUGAAGCGGAUACCCGACACCACUUUUGAGGAGUACAAUCAAGAAACCGGCAUCUGGACCUUCUCCGUCGAGCAUUUCACGACCUAUGGCUUGGAUGAUUCGGACGACGAAUCGGACGGGGAAGAAGUCCCACAGGUGACGGGCGGCCCUGAACCUGCCCCUCCAGCCCAGCCUACGUCCCUCGGCAUGAAUGUAGACUCUGCCAUGGAAGACGACACUUUUGAGUUCAACCAUCCCAAGGGUGUCCCGGGCGCGUUUGAUCAGCAGGAGGACCUUUACACUCAGGACCUUGUUACCGGAAAGCAGUCUUUUUUAGGGGUUAGCUCCGCGGAUUCGGCGUCCAACGUGCGGUUGUCCCUCGAUGAGUACAACAGCAACAUGGACGACGGAUAUGACGUGUCCGAGGACGAAGACAUGACGAGGUCUUCUGUCGGACUGCAUCAUGCCGCGGAGCGUGACGACGCCUCGUCGGAGAAUGACCCGGAAGCCAAGAGAAGCACUCCUGGUGGCAUUCUCAGAGCAAGAAUGCGAGCGAUGAAGGACUCGGUUGGACCGGUGCAGCUCGAGGUCGCCGAUGGUGACGACUGGAUGGAGAUGCUUCGAAAGACUGUCAGUCCCGUCAAGCGAGACCGUCAGAUGCUGAGGGAGUUGAACGAGUCGCCUUCCAAGUUGACUGGCGAGCCUGCGAAUCUUGACGACGACGGGAAUUUACUUCGUAAGUCGUCCAUAUGGGGGCAAAGCCCAACCAAGACAGACAGAGCAAGCGGGCUGGCGGCGAGAAGCCAGAUGGCAAUGGACAAGGGCCACGGAUUCGCCACCAGCAUCGACUUGAUGAACUCGUUGUUUGAGAAGCCUAGGCCUGCGCGACAGAAUCUUGGCGCUUCGUUGCCUACAAAGGGCUUCCCCCAGUGGCCCUACGAGCGGCAGGACAAAACACUGAUCAUUGACGAAGGCGAGCAAGCUUUCCACAACGCAUCGCGUCCAACUUGGGGGCCAGGGGAAACGUUGUUGUUGACCCGGGCGUUGGACACUAAGCAACCGGGCCGACUGCUUCGCGACACUUCGGACGUCCUCGCUCUUCAUCGAUCGGGCGUCCAAACUCUGACGCAGGAGCUUAGGUUUGGGAAAUUCUCUACAGCGCCUUCGAGAAAGUUUCUAAGAGCCCAAGAUGAAUUGACCGAUAUUCGCCUGGUCGACGGAGUCCCCCUGGCCACUCUGCAUGCCGCCACGCUUCAAGAUCUAUUCCACCGCGAAGACUUGAAUGACCCGGCCAACCUCCAUGAACAGCGUGUGUGGGAGCUGGCAAGCAUCCUCUUUGAUCGAGCCAGCCCAUCAGUCUCGGCAGAGACGGAGCACCUAUCAAGGAAAACCAGGCUGUCGCGAUUCUGGGCCGAUCUGGUUGAGCAGGCCUCUGCGACAAACAUCGGACUCGCAGGCACCUGCGAGGAAAAGGUUGUCGCGUGUCUCGCGGGUCAUCGGAUCACCGAAGCUUGCAAGUACCUGUUGGAGGGCAAAAACCUUCGACUCGGAACCCUGGUGCCGCUUAUAGGCACCUGCGAUGCUGCCAAGAAAGACAUGAAGGAGCAGCUCAGGGCAUGGUACGACGCGAAGAUGCUGUCUGAAUUCUCUGAUGCAAUUCGCACCAUUUACGAGCUCUUGAGCGGAAAUGCUUGCGUUUGCGAGGGAAUGAAGGGAGUCCCAGUCGAGGAUCGCUUGGAGUCGUUCGUCAUCUCCAAAAAGUUUGGAUUGGACUGGAGACAGUCGUUUGGUCUGAGGCUGUGGUACGCCAUCGCACAACAAGACAGCGCCGCUGCAGCCGUGAUGAGCUUCAAGGAGGACAUUGGCCAGGAUAGGGAGGAUCUUCCCCGACCGUGGCGUCAAGAUCUGCUAUGGGGGCUUUUGCAACUGUACGCCGAUGAGCAUGCCGACUUGGAAGCGAUACUGCGUCCUGAGAAUUCUCAGCUGUCCCCACUCGACAUGCGGCUCUCCUGGCAGCUGGGCCUGGCUCUUGUCUCGACGGGCAAGGUAUCUUUUGGACAAGGUGAAGCCGCAAAGGCCGACGCAUCGACAAUGACUUAUGCAGCUCAGCUGACGGCCGCGGGCGAAUGGCUUGAGGCCGUGUUCGUCUUACUUCACCUUCGGGAUGCCACCGCGCGCACCAAGGCGAUACGGGAACACAUCUGCCGACAUGCUGGCCUGGUUGGCCCCGACUCGGGAACAGUGUUUGCAAUUCUGACGGAAAAGUUCCAGAUCCCGGCAACAUGGCUGUGGGAAGCGGAGGCUUUGUACAUGCGUAGCGUCAAGAAGGACGCAUCGGCGGAAGUCCAUUGUCUGCUUCGAGCCGGAUCUUUCACGGAAGCUCAUCGGGUGCUGGUCCAGCAGGUGGCACCUCGAGCAAUCAUCGAGCGCGACUAUGUCUCACUUUCGGCCUUGAUUUCCCAGUUUGAAGGACGCCAAGACUCUAUCCCGGAUUGGUCGCUGGGCGGCGACAUGUAUAGCAGCUUUCUUACCCUCGUGCUGCACCGUGGCAAGGGUGAAGGUGCGCCGGCCGCCCUGCUUGAGAAGCUCCUGGCGGGCCUCAGAGCUAUGCACGAUGGCGUCGGCGAAAGCGAGCUAAUGCGGUAUGCCGCCGUGUCGGACAUGGCUGACGAGACGGCUCGGGAGCUCUUGAAGUUGGCUGUGAAGAAAAAGGACAUGGAACUCCGUUCUCGAAUCCUGAACCUGCCUCUAACGCAGGAUCGCCUCUUGGCGUACUCGGUGGAACUUAGUAUGGACUGCUAUCGAGCGGUCAUGUCGCAUUGA